AUGUUUUGGAUCAAAAAAGGGAUACCUCAAUGUGAGGUACAUCCCAUAUUUGGCAGUUUAACAUUUUUGCAGAAAAUAAAUCCUGGCACAUGGAUGGCAAGCGUCUACAAUCAGUACUCGCAUCCCUAUGUGGGCAUUUGGGUAUUUUGGCGUCCAGGGCUGAUCGUCAAUUGCCCAAAUCUCGCUCACAAUAUACUAGUCAGAGACUCUGAUAAUUUCAGAAAUAGAUUGCUCAGCACCGGCACGAGAGAUAAAUUAGGGACUCACAAUAUUUUUACUGCUAACGAUCCUUUAUGGUCUGCUAUACGCAAAAGGCUGACAUCAGUUUUUACAACGGCCAAAGUGAAAAAUUGGCAGGAUUUGUACCGAAGCAAGUCUGCUGACUUAGUGUUUAGAAUCAAAUCUGACAAUGAAAAGGAUGUUAAAAUUAAUUUAAAGGAAAUUUUUGCCGACUAUACAACCGAUAUCAUUGGAGAAUCCGCGUUUGGAAUCAAGUGCGAAGCCACCAAAACCGGCAGUGGGGCUUUAAGGGCGAUGACUAAAGAGUUCGAAAAGUACAGCACCUACAGAGGUAUCCAAUGUUUCACAUUUUGGCCCAAGCAUACAAAUGCAUACGCUGUAAAGCUGUUCCGCAUGAUAGUAAAACAACGUGGAGGGUAUGAAAAAGAGACAGAAGGCAAAAAAGAUCUACUGGAUGUACUACUGAAGAUGAAACAAAACGCAAUAAAAGAUAAUCAGAAUGUUGAUGAAAUGGUUCUCAUUUCCAAUGCUAUGAUAUUUCUACAAGGAGGUUAUGAAACGUCAUCUACUUUACUAUGCUACAUGAUUUACGAAAUGGCUUAUAAGCCUCCAUAUCAACAAAGAGUCUAUGAGGAGCUAAAAGAAGUCAAAAAUAAAAUCGGAGACAAAGAGCUUGGAGCAAGUGAUUUAUCAGAACUUCCUUUCUUCAACGCUAUUAUUAAAGAAGCCUUGCGAAAAUAUCCAAUCAUGGGUUGGCUUGACAGAACUUCUUCGAGAGAGUACCAGGUCGACGAACAUCUAACCAUUCCAGCCGGGACUGUGGUAUACGUCAAUAGUAAUGGUAUGCAUCAGGAUCCUAAUAUAUUUCCGGACCCUAUGGAGUUUAAACCAGAGAGGUUUUUACCUGAGAACAUGCAAACAUUUAUACCAUAUGCAUACCUGCCGUUUGGAGAUGGACCGCGAUCCUGUAUAGGGAAGCUUUUCGGAAUGUUUAGUAUGCGAUUUGGUUUUGCCGCCAUCAUCAGCAACUUCAUACUGGAACCUUUUCCAAAUGCACCUGCGCCAAAUGAUGUAACGGUUGAAAGGAGAGGCCUAUUUUACGGUCCCGGUGAGGUUCUAUCAGUGAAGUUUGUGCCAAGGACCGAGCCUUUAUUUUAA